GCAAAAUGGACAAGACAAGCUACGAGCUUUCUGUCGAAGGGACGUCUGCGGCAAAUACUGAUGACAAGACAAGGGGCGGAGAGGGCAGAAGGAUUUCACCCGACAAGCAGGCAUCGCCACGUCACCUUUCACAGGCCCAUACAAGGCACAAGGACUCGCGUAAAGCACAAAAUGCUAGAAAAAGACCAAAGAUACACGAGUGUGGUGAGUGUGGGCAUAGGUCGGCUUGUAUAUCCAGCCUAGCUAGGCAUAUGACAACACAUACUGGUGAAAAACCAUUUAAGUGUGACCAGUGCGACUAUUCUGCUGCACUGAAAGUCAAUUUAGAGCGACACAUGGCUACACACACAGGUGACAAACCCUUCAUAUGCGACGAGUGCGGCUACAGAACGGUCAGCAAGUCUUACUUAACUAUACACAUGAGAAAGCAUACAGGCGAGAAACCGUACAAGUGUGACCAGUGUGAUCAUUCUACUGCAAGAAAAGAGGAUUUGGACCAGCACAUGAUUAGACACUCUGGACACAAACCCUACAUGUGUGGGGAAUGCGGAUUCAGGACGGCUUGCAGAUCUACUUUGUGUCGACAUAUCAAAAAACAUACGGGCGAGAAACCCUACAAGUGUGAAGAGUGCGGUUUUUCUGCUGCACAGAAAAGCACGUUAGUCGUCCACAUGCUUAAACAUACAGGCGAGAAACGCUUCUUAUGUGAGGAGUGCGGUUACAAGACGACAACCAAGUUUGCGCUAACCCGUCACAUCAGAAAGCACACCGGCGAAAAGCCACACAUGUGUUGGGAGUGCGGGUUUAGGUCAGCUGACAAGUCUAACCUAGCCGUGCACAUGAGAACACAUACGGGAGAAAAACCGUACAAAUGUGACCAGUGCGACUAUGCUGCUGCGCGUCAGAAGUCUUUGCAGCGACACAUGGCUACACAUAGCGGAGAAAAACCCUACGUGUGUGGAGAGUGCGGAUACAGGACGGCUAUCAAGUCUAACCUAUACUUGCAUCUAAGGAAACAUACCGAUGAGAGACCAUAUAAAUGUGACCAGUGUGACUUUUCGGCUCUGAUAAAGUAUGACUUUGACCACCACAUGUUAAAACACACCGGAGAAAAACCCUACAUGUGCGGGCAGUGCGGAUACAGGACAGUUAGCCGGUCUAGCCUUACCAAACAUUUGAAUACUCAUUUAGAUUCGAAACCCUACAAAUGUGACCAGUGCGACUAUUCUGCUGCACAGAAAGGCAAUUUAACCGCACACAUGGCUAAACAUACCGGAGAAAAACCCUACAAGUGUGAGGAGUGUGGAUUCAGGACGGCUGUCAAGUCUACCCUUACCAAACAUAUGGCAACACAUUCAGGUUUAAAACCCUACAAAUGUGACCAGUGCGACUAUUCUGCUCUACGAAAGAGCCAUUUAGAUCGGCACUUGGCUAUGCACACUGGAGAAAAACCCAUCCUCUGUGAAAUCUGUGAUUAUAGGACGCACGACAAGUCUAAUCUAGCAAGGCAUAUGAGAAAGCACACCGGAAAACGCUACAAGUGUGACCAGUGUGAUUGUUCCUUUGCACAGAAGCGGACUUUGAACAAACACUUGGCUAAACACACUUUAGAUAAGCCCCACAUGUGACUGUAGUAUAUACAUAUAUCAUCUGUCACGCAUAGAGGAACCAUACAGGAAAAAACAACAACACAACCAGUUCGGAACUGUAGGACUUCUAGUUGAAUACACAGGUGACAAAUCUCUAAAAUAAAGAAAAUAACACCCAUCC